CCCGCAGCGGGUAGCGGACGGUCGCCGCCAGGCGGCUCCAGGAAGAGGCGAAGUCCGGCGGCCGGGCGCGCGGGCUCCAGCAGACGAGCGCGAUCAGUGUCCCCAGCAGCCAGGCGGCCGCGGCGCCGCUCAGAGGCCAGUGGUCUCCAGCACCAGAGCUCAAGUGAUCCUCUUAAUUCAGCUUCGCUUGUAGCUGGCAUUAUGAGCACACACCAACUCUAGCCAGCCUGACAAAUGGCUACCAACUGUAAAGUGUCUCAUACCAGACCCCCUUUAAUGCAAUACACCUUUGACAUCAUGGAUCGAUUUGGAGAUAUAUCAGAAGGUGAAGUGGACCAUUCUUUCUUUGACAGCGAUUUUGAAGAUGCAAAGAAAUGUGACAGUGAUUUAGUUUUUCACAAGCAAAAUGAUGACCUUAAGGCAAGAAUAGAGAAGGACACCAAAAAUGUAAGCUUGAAAUUUGAACUACAAAACAGUGACCUUAAAGAGAGAAUAGAUAAUGACACAGAAAAUGUGAACUUGCAACGUGGAAUACAAACAAAGGAAAAUUACCUUACUCAGAAAGGAAAUGAAAGAAAAGCAAGAGCUUCCUCAAAGGAAUAUCAUGUAGAAAAUGAUGCUACACAAACAAGAGGUUCCUCAUCGUCAGCCACUUCUUCAAGAUCCAAGAAAUCACGUGAUGCUCCAAAAGGACACAAGUUACACCUGCCUGUUCCAAGUAGAGCUCCUAAAAUUGUGAAAGGCGAGGAUGAUUACUACACGGAUGGAGAGGAAAGCAGUGAUGACGGGAAAAAGUACCAUGUGAGGGCCAAGUCAGCCAAGCCCUCCAGUAACUUCAAAAAGAACGCCAACAAAAAGUAUUCCAACGUCAGCUCCUCCUCUUCUCUGUCUUCCUCAUCGUCAAGAUCCAGUUCAGACUUGUCAGAUACAGGUACAGGAUCUGAUACCCAUAAAUGUGAUUCACGCUCAUCAUCAAGGAAACAUGUUUCUGGUGUAACCCUCUCAUCACCGAAACAGAGAUGUAAAUCAGGAAGAAAAUUGGCAGGUACACAGUCUUCCAGUGCUAAACAAAAAACUGGUAACUGUAAUGUGGAAUCAGAAGAAACUGUAACAGAUGUAACUCCUUUGUCAACUCCAGACAUCAGCCCUGUUCAGUCCUUUGAAUUGGGCCCAUCACACGAUCAGAAAGUAAAAGUUAAAAGGCAAGAAAAUGUGAGCCGGGAUGUGUAUGAGGAUGUGGAGGCUUUAAAAAAUGAUUUAAGAUCUCUGAAAUCAGCCAAAAGGAAAGAAAAGCAUGGGCAGAAUUUUACUCCAAAAUCAUCAGUGUUAGAUGCAAAUCUAGACCAUAGAUCCAAACAAAAGGUCUUAAAUGACACCAUGGACCUUAAUCAUCUAUUGAAAGCUUUUCUGCAAUUAGAUAAAAAGGGACCACAGAAACAUCACUUUGAUCAGCCUGCAGUAAUGCCCAGGAAAAACUACUCCUUCACAAGAGAGGAGGUGAGGCAGAUCGAUCGGGAAAAUCAGAGGCUUUUGAAAGAACUGUCAAGACAGGCUGAAAAACCAGGAAGUAAAAGUACAAUUCGAAGAUCUAUUGGCCAUCCCCCUAAGUUAUAUCAUAGUGCCCUCACAGACAGAGGGGAACAACAAAGGAUUGAAGAGAAAAUUUGGGCUUUAUUGAAACGGCUUGAAGCUGUGAAGCCAACAGUCGGCAUGAAACGCUCCGAGCAGCUGAUGGACUAUCAUCGAAAUAUGGGUUAUCUCAACCCUUCACCGUCCAUUAGACGAGUGAGAUCUACCCUUGGCCAUUAUAGCCCACUGAGAGGAGCUUCCAGGACAUCCAGUGCCACCAGUGCUCUCAGCUAUAAGACUGAUCGAUCAGUGUUGGACACAUCCAGUGGCUUUUUGCUAAGACCAAAACCCCCAAAUGUUCGUACUGCUUGGUUGUAAAAGCUUUUUUAUGGUAUACAUUGUUCUUCCUAUUUUUAACAAUGUAUUUUUAUGUAUUACUGUAACUCUUUGUAAACAUCUGUAAUACUUUUUUUCAACAAUUUA